GUCGCGUAUCUUCGGGAAAAAGCGUCACUGCCUCAGCCGCCACCAGGGAUAGCGUGAGGGGCGAGGUAGGGAGGGAGGUGACGGCGGGGUAGGAGGCAGCGGCCGUAGUCGCUUCCCCCGCCUCCCAGCGAUAAAGCCCGCUGGUGGCGGGGGAGCCUCUUCUGCUGGCGGACCUAGGCCGACUUCCGGUUCGGCGGCGCGGAGCGGCGGGGGUCGUGCGGGGAGAAGCAGCAAUGUAACCUGUGAAGGGCCGGCGCUGUGUCCUCAUGCUGCCGUGGGAGCCGCGCUGCUGGGUGAGGCGCUGAGCUGGAGCUCCCUCCGCAUUCGUAGUUCACUUCAUUCGGAGCGUCCCAGCUCCAGUUCCUGCCGCUGCCCAAGGCCCAGCGCUUUUCCCUGUGACAGAUACUACAGUAUUUGGCGGCUCCCUUCUGGGCUCUGAGGACAAUACGUGACCUGUGUAAAAAUGCUGCGAUAUUGGGGUGAGAUUCCGGUUUCAUCCAACCAGGCCAACCGCAGCUCCUUUGACUUGCUCCAGCGUGAGUUUCGCACGGUGGAAGUGCAAGAUCCACCGUUGCAUCAGCCAUCCGCAAACAAGCCCCGGCCCACCACCAUGCUGGACAUCCCCUCCGAGCCCUGCAGCCUCACCAUUCACACCAUUCAGCUCAUCCAGCACAACAGACGCCUGCGCAGCCUUAUAGCCAUGGCCCAGGCUCAAAACCAGCAGCAAGCAGAGGGCAUAAAAACUGAAGACAAUGAACCUCUGCCAUCUUGUCCGGCCUCUCCGCCUCUCCCUGAUGACCUGCUUCCUCUGGAUAGCAAAACCCCCAAAAUGCCAUUUCAACUGAGGCACAGUGACCCAGAGAGUGAUUUCUACAGAGGAAAAGGGGAGCCAGUGACUGAGCUGAGUUGGUCCUCUUGCCGGCAGCUUCUCUACCAGUCAAUGGCCACCAUCCUGGCUCACACAGGCUUUGAGUGUGCCAAUGAGAGUGUCCUGGAGACCCUGACAGACAUCGCCCACGAGUACUGCUUGAAGUUCACCAAACUGCUGCGCUUUGCUGUGGAUCGAGAAGCUCGGCUUGGGCACACCCCUUUCCCUGAUGUCAUGGAGCAGGUCUUCCAUGAGGUGGGCAUUGGCAGUGUGCUCUCGCUACAGAAGUUCUGGCAACACCGCAUUAAGGAUUAUCACAGCUACAUGCUUCAGGUUAGCAAGCAGCUUUCUGAAGAGUAUGAGAAAAUUGUCAACCCAGAAAAGGCAGCCGAAGACACAAAGCCUGUGAAGAUUAAGGAGGAACCUGUUAGUGAUAUUACUUUUCCCAUAAGUGAGGAACUGGAAGGUGAUUUGGCUUCUGGAGACCAGUCUUUGCCUGUUGGAGUCCUUGGAGCUCAAAGCGAGCGCUUCUCUGCCAAUUUGGAAGUAGAAGCUUCUCCGCAGACUUCAGGGGCUGAGGUGAAUGCUUCCCCACUCUGGAACUUGGCACAGGUGAAAAUGGAGCCGCAGGAAAAUGAGGAGGCCAAUGUACAUGGCCAUGGGGUCCUUGGCAGUGAUGUCUUUGAGGAACCGAUGUCAGGUAUGAGUGAAGCUGGGAUGCCACAGAGCCCCAAUGGCUCUGAAAGCAGCUAUGGUUCUCAUUCUCCUGACAGUCUGAUGGGAUCCUCGCCUGUCUUUAACCAGCGUUGCAAGAAGAAGCUGAAGAAGAUGUGAAAAUAGACAAGCUUCUUAUUUAAUCCUGGUGGUAUGUAAUAGACUUGAAAUGAACUAAGAGAGCACUAUGAUAGCUAUGAUUUAUGAACAGGGCUGGCCCUGGUGUAUGAGGGACUUUGCAUAAAAUUAUUAUGAGACAUUUGGUGUGUUGUUCCCUUCCCUGCCCCUCUUUGCUGGCUUCCAUACUCCAUCCUGACACAUGAGAUUGAAGUUCACCCCAUAUGUUUGAUGGUGUCUUGGCUUGCUUUGGCAGAUUAAUGAGGAAGUUACCAGUGGCAGGUAUUUGUGAGGAGAUUUGCUAAGUCCUAGAAUCGUUGAAUAAUUUGGGUUGAAGGGACGUCUUGAGGUUUCUAGUCUCUAGUCCAGCCCCCUGCUUGAAGCACAGCCAAUUACAAUCAGGUUGCUCAGGGUCUUGUCCAGUCGAGUUUUGAAUUUCUCCAAGGAUGGUGAUGCCAAACCUCUUUGGGCAUUUUCCCUGUUUGACUACCCUCAUAGUAAGAAAAAACAUGUUCUUGCAUCCAGUUGGAAUUUCCUGUGUUCCAACUUGUGUUCAUUGCCUCUGUUCUGUCAUUGUUCAUCUCUAAGAAGAGUCUACCUCUGUCUAACCUGCCCAUUAAGUGGUUGUAUACAAUGAGAUCUCUCCUUAGCCUUUUCGCUUCUGAAGUCUGAAGAAACCAAGGUACCCGAGCCUCCUCUUGUGCAUCCUGUGCUCCAGCCCCUUAACUGGCUUUGCGGCCUUCUUGCAAGGGGGAGCACAAACGUGGUUGAAAUCCUCCAGAUAUGGUCUCACAAGUGCUGAAUAGAGAAAAAAUAAUAACUUCCAUCAAUGUGCUGGCUACAGUUGUGCAAACUGUUGCAGGCAACAAGACAGUCUUAAGUCAGGAUAUUUCACUGGUUGAGGAGCUGUCGCGGGUGAUGGUAAUGAUGUUGGCCUCACAAAGAUGCUCUGUCAGCCAGCUCCUUCAGUGCCUUCGGAUGCAUCCUGUCUGUUUCCAUGGACUUAGGUAUGCUCAACUGGCUCAAGUUCUUGCUAACUUGAUCUUCCUCUGCUGUAGGUUACGCUCUGCCAGGUGACUCACUCUGCCUCAAGGCAGACAUUACCGAUGAAAACAGGCAGAAAAGGUGUAGAGCACAUCAUCCUCAAAGUACGAAGUGCAUCCUUUGUCACCAGGUUGCCUGCAUUGUUGAACAGUAAAUCCGUGUUUUGUUUUCUUUAAUCCGUGUUUUCUUUUGCUUCCAGUGUACUUAAAAAGGUCCUUCACAUUUCUUAUCAGUUUCAACUCCAGCUGAGCUUUGGCUUUCUGAACUGUCCCUGCAUGCUUAGACUGGCCCUUUGGGCCAGUCCAUCCUCACUUUCACCUCUGCAUUGUUUUUUUCUGUGUGUUUAAACUCAGUCCAGGAGUUCCGUGAUUGUCUGUGGUGGCCUUCUGUCAUGCCUGCUUUACUUUCUGCUUGUCAGAAAGGACUGUUCUUCUACUUUGAGAAAGCUGUCUUUGAAGAUAAGGCAGCACUCUUGUGCCCCUUUGGGAGGCCAGAGCAAUCCAUUGUGAGAUCCUGCCGAGAUGAUCCUUGGAUAAACCAAAAUAUGUUGUCCUAAAGGUCCAGGACUUUGUCUUGUACAUGUUUCUCAAGAUUUUAAAUGCCACAAUUCCAUGUCUGCUGCAGCCAAGACCUUCAUAUUCUCCACUAAUUCUUCCUUGUUAGUAACAAGUCCAGCAGAGCUUCUCUAAUUGGUUAUCUAGUCAGAGAAGCUGAUGUGGUUUUCCAGAGAGAAGGAAGCAGCUUUAUUGUACUGUUGGUGUAAGCCCGUGCUGGCAAUGUGAACUUUUCCUUUACUUUCAUUGGAUUCAGUGCAGCAACUUCAGGCUGUCUGAGUUUUCUUAUUCAAAGUUCUUAUCGUGACAAUGUAGUCUGAAACAGAAUCUAUUUUGCUGCUUGCUUUUAUGGCUCAAGCUGACUGAUAGCAUUUUUUUUCUGUUCUGCACAAUCCUCAGUUGAUCAACUCAGUCUUUAACUUGAUUCAGUGAGUAUCUCUCUCAAAAAAGCUAGAAUGAACAUGAAUCAAGACUGAACAGCCACUUAAACUGGCUUUAUACCCGUAAGCUGUUGGGAUGUUUGAAGGAGAUUUACCAAACCUCCCAUUUGUCCUUACAAUUGCAAGUUUAUCUUUUGAAAGAAUGAGCUUCAGGCAUAGUAUUUUUGUUUCAGUAUAACAUGUCUAGCCUUAAGUCUUUGUUCCUAACUGUAUUUCUCUUCCACUUUAUAGAAGUGGAAGCCAAAUAUAAAAUUCCUCAAUGUCUAGUAAGAAUGUAUGACCAUAGGCUUUUAUAGACAUUGGACCUAAAAGUGUCCAUUACAGUUUUAAAAGUUUCUCCUUGGGGGGUAAAUUCUAGGUAUUUGAAGCCUAGUUAGUAGUUGAACAGUGGACCUGUGUAUAAGGAGAUCCUUAUUUUGAUUCUCUCUGAGUUACCAUUAGGCAUGCUGCAAUGUCUCUGUUUUCUCAGCUGUAAAAAAGAGAAUAGUUGUGUUUGUCUCUCAAAAGUGUGUUUGAGUUUUAGUUACUAUUCAAAAGAGGCACUGUGAUCCUUCAGAAAGUUUUGUGAGAAUUGUGAACUUUUCUUCCAUUUGUGUAGGACUGUUGCUGGCUGGAGAAUCCUUAGAAUGGCCACUGAAGUGUUACUGACCUGUAUGAUACUGGUCUUAAGCUAUACUGUUUAUCACGAAGAAAUGCAGCACUGUUGUGCUGUUCAACUGCCCAGGUACUAGGAAGGCAUUUGGGGUGGUAUCUUCUCAAUCAGCUUUAGAUAUCUGCGGCUGAAUUUAUUCCUCUGAGCCCCAUUUGCAGCUGAAGAGGAAUAGUCAUUCUUAGGUCACCAUUCUUCUGGCCUUGAAGUAGAAGUAUAAAGCAGGCCAGAUGAAUGGCAUUUUAAAAAAUGACUAUUUUUCCUUUGUGUGCCCGUAAAGUGAGUUCAACUUGGCUACCUCAGCCGAAGGCUCCCACGCCAUCAAUGUCUGAGUUAAGUGACCUGAGUUUAGCUGUUCCUAUCUGGGAAUCAGAGGAGGCUUCUUCCUGCUGGGCCGGUGCUUUUUGUCUCCUACACGUUUUGUAGAUCUUACCGUUGAAAUGGUAGUACUGGGCUAAAAGCAGACUGCCUGUCUUAACCAAAACUAGCAGAUCCAGUGUUCUCCACAACACACAGAAUGUGCUGGGCUGGGGCCUCAAGACUCAUCUUGAUUUGGCUGUUGUGUCUUUGGUACUGUGUGAGAACACCUGUCAUUGGGCUUUUCUCCAUAGAUGCUUUGCCAAACUGUUAUAAUAAAGUAUUAUUGAGGCUGGGGCAACUGUGUAAAGUCCCUGGCACUCUUUUCAGGAGCUAGAAGACAGAGUGGCUGCUGCCAGCAUUGCUUGCUCAUUUGCAAGAUUUCAGGUGAGCUAAAAAUGAAAACGUGCUGUUCUCCAGGGCUUUGGUUAAAUUUCCUAAGCAUCAGUCUUAAGUGCUUUCUUUAUAUUGCUCAUGUACAGAUGUUCUGUCUUACUUUUCAUUGUGUUUUUUUUAUUUCACAUCCUUUUUCCACACGCAUUUCACCCUGUAACACACUCUGCAACAAGCCAAGCCUGACUGCUUCGAGUAUAUUUAAAUACAGUGGAAAUUCACCCUCCAUUGAUUCAGCUGUGUUGUUGCAGUGUAAGAGGGAGGUGUUACUGAUUCUCUUUGGGAUGCAUGUUUAUGCAGAGAUGAGAAGUGUUUCAGCACCGCUUGUACAUUUUAAAAUGAUGACGGAGUAAAAUCUGUGCGUCGUGUUCCCCUCAUUAUGGUAAGUGUUGCUUCUGACAUUUAUGUGCUUGACAUUUCCUUUCAUGCAUGUGGAAGCUUCACCUUCUGGGUGAGCCCUUCCCACCUGAACAUUUACCAUCCUUAGAUUUACAGUGAUGUUCAUCAUGCAUGAAAUAGUGAAGUUUCAAAUCUAGCUUACAAAGUCGGAUAUAGACAAUAUGCUUUUUUGAUGAAUCGAGUAAAAUUUUGCUAGGUGCUGUUGCAACCAGUGAGGAGUUCAUUGACCGUGUAAUCCUCAAGUUUCAAGCCACAGUUAGAUUAUGCAGUGGGUUGGGAUGAAGCUCAGUUCUUGCAGUUGUAGUUUUAUGCUGGUUGCUGGUAAAGUGCUCUGCCAACUCACCUCCUUCAGUAACAUGCGGCUUUAUUGGUUCUUUCUGCUUUCUCUCUUUUCCCAAAGGUAGGUGGUUGGCAAAUUGGAAUAUUAUUGAUCACAUCCAUGUCCAGUAGCACUGAUGUCUUUAGUGAUUUCUUUUGCCAUGAUUGAAAUUGCUGGAAACUUUGAUACCAGUUUGGAGAGCAAGAUCUGUGUAUUACUUGGCUUUUGAAGUGUUUUGCAUGGAAAUCAUGCAAGAUUAUAGUUGAGAGAGUGCUGUGUAUCAUAUUCCUUUUCCCCUCUAGCAAUACCUUUUUAUUCCUUUUGAAGAGUUUUGCCUGAUAUCCAACAAAGUUCACUAUGUAAAUGGCAGUGUAACAACUUGAGUAUAUAGUUGUAUGUUAGACUGCGCUACCUAGGGAUUUAAUUCCAAGACCAUCCAUACUAAUUUGAAUAUGCAUAAUGCUGUGCAGAAAAGGAGAUGUUUCUUGCAUAGAAAUGUACCAUUUAAAAAGAAAAAAGGAAAAUAAGAUUAAGUAGGGUAAGUGAGGCCAAUCUGAUUAUGUACUCAAUUCUGAGUCUAAUGCACAUGUUAUGUGUGAAGGAUGCUUUACUUAAAAUCUUUUUGUACAUGCAUGUGAAUGAAAUAUGUAACUUUUCUUGUGUUUAUAUGGAACAAAAUUGCUUGGAAAUGUUUCAGAGUUGUGGGUUUGCUUUUUUUUUUUUUUUCCUUGUUCUCCUAGAGAGAGUUUGUUUAUAAUUUCUAAGAAAAUUAAAAAAGUCAGAAAUAAAAA